AGAGGGAGCGGAGCUUCGGCCAGCUCCGGGGGGCGGGCGCUGGAGCGCAGCGCAGCUCUGUCCGUCCGCGGAACGGACUAACUGGAAGCCGGGCGCUGCCGCGGGAGGCGGACGAUGGGGGCAGGUGCCGCCGGAUGCGCCAUGGACCCGCCGCGCCUGCUGCUGCUUCUGCUGCUCCUGGGGGUGUCACUUGGAGGUGCCAAGGAGGCAUGCCCCACAGGCCUGUACACCGACAGUGGUGAGUGCUGCAAAGCCUGCAACUUGGGCGAGGGUGUGGCCCAGCCUUGCGGAGCCAACCAGACUGUGUGUGAGCCCUGCCUGGACAGCGUGACGUUCUCCGAUGUGGUGAGCGCCACCGAGCCAUGCAAGCCUUGCACGGAGUGCGUGGGCCUGCAGAGCAUGUCGGCGCCGUGCGUGGAAGCGGAUGACGCAGUGUGCCGCUGCGCCUACGGCUACUACCAGGACGAGGCAACCGGCAGCUGCGAGGCGUGCCGCGUGUGCGAGCCAGGCUCGGGCCUCGUGUUCUCCUGCCAGGAUAAGCAGAACACCGUGUGCGAGGAGUGUCCCGAUGGCACGUACUCAGACGAGGCCAACCAUGUGGACCCGUGCCUGCCCUGCACUGUGUGUGAGGACACCGAGCGCCAGCUGCGGGAAUGCACACGCUGGGCCGACGCUGAGUGCGAGGAGAUCCCUGGCCGCUGGAUUACAAGGUCUACACCCUCAGAGGGCUCAGACAGCACGGCCCCCAGCACCCAGGAGCCCGAGGUACCUCCAGAGCAAGACCUUGUGGCCAGUACAGUGGCUGAUGUGGUGACCACAGUGAUGGGCAGCUCUCAGCCCGUGGUGACUCGAGGCACCACUGACAACCUCAUCCCUGUCUACUGCUCCAUCCUGGCCGCUGUGGUUGUGGGCCUCGUGGCCUACAUAGCCUUCAAGAGGUGGAAUAGCUGCAAGCAGAACAAGCAAGGAGCCAAUAGCCGGCCUGUGAACCAGACGCCCCCACCCGAGGGAGAAAAACUCCACAGCGACAGCGGCAUCUCUGUGGACAGCCAGAGCCUACAUGACCAGCAGUCCCACACGCAGACCGCCGCAGGCCAGGCCCUCAAGGGGGAUGGAGGCCUCUACAGCAGCCUGCCACCGGCCAAGCGGGAGGAGGUGGAGAAACUGCUCAACGGCUCUGCGGGGGACACCUGGCGGCACCUGGCAGGCGAGCUGGGCUACCAGCCUGAACACAUAGACUCCUUCACCCACGAGGCCUGCCCGGUCCAUGCCCUGCUCGCCAGCUGGGCCGCCCAGGACAGCGCGACGCUCGAAGCCCUCCUGGCCGCCCUACGUCGCAUCCAGCGAGCCGACAUUGUGGAGAGCCUGUGCAGCGAGUCCACUGCCACGUCCCCCGUGUGAGCUGACCUGGGAACCCCUGCCCUGCCCCCACAUUCCGAGAACUGACGCUCCAGCCUACCCCCCAUGGGCCAGCAUCGGAGCUGAGCUCCUCGGGGCAGGGCGUCGGAGCCCGGGCCUCUAAGUCACAGCCCUGCCACUGCUCCCGUGUGGCCCCACCGCUUCUGAUCAACUCCCUCUCCAGUGCCGGAAGUGCCCCUGUUGCCUCUCCAACCCCGUCCCUGUCCCCUCACCAUCUCAGGCCUUUUGUUCCCUUCUCCCCAUACUGCUAGGUGGGCAAGGCCUUCCCACCUUGACAGGUGUCAUACCUGAGGGGCUGACAUGAGGGAUGGUGUUAGAGGUGAUGACAAGGUCCCAGAGACUCAGAGGGAGAGACUAAGGAACCAGAGCCAUGGACUCUACACUGUGAACUUGGGGACCGAGGGAGCACCAUCGCUGCCUAAACCUUUCCUCAGCCCCGUUCAGGCCUCCCCUCUGGCCUAAGAUGAAGAAGAUCAGAAGCUUGACAGAGCUGGGAGGGGGUUUUGAAAUUUAGUCCACCCUUUCAUUUUACAUACUGAACAGUAAGGCCCAGAGAGAGGCAGUGACUUGCCCAAAGCCACCCAGCAGUGUGGUGGCCGGAUGUGGGCUGGCCCCCUCCUCUCUGAAUGAGGAGCAUAGGCCUGAGUUUUGCUUGAGGGCUAGGAGAGGGGGACCAGGGAGACCCUCUGGGAAAUACAUCCUGUAGCCAAAUCCUGUCCACCCUCCACCAUUUCCAGGCCUGUCCAACCCCAGUGGAGACGGGAUACUUUACCCCAGGCCGGGUCCACUGAUCCAUUAUGACCCGAGUCAGGUUUGGAAUUUGUGGAAAGGGGCGCUGCUUCCCUCUGCCUGUCCCCCUCAGGUGUGUCAGUGUGGCAUCUGUGCUGUGGCCCAGUCUGUAGAUACCCUCCAUCCCAGUACAGACCCAGAGCCAACUCAGGCAGUACUGUUUCCUAGAGUCAGUCAGGGACUAAGGAGCCCCCCCACCUGCAACACAGACACAGACACACACACACACACACACACACACACACACACACACACACACGAUUUGAAAUCUUUUCUCCACAAGUUCUUUCUCUUGGGCUGGGACCGGAUCCUGCCUGGGGCAGCUGCCAGAGAAGCAUCACAGGGAAUUGAACUCUGCUCUCUGUCUUCCCUCGCCCCCGGGUUUGGCGGGCCAAGGACGACUGAGGUUGGAGCUGGCGCCUGUCUUCCAAGGGCCUGCUCCCCUCCAUCCUCCUCUUCCCUGCAGGCAUGGAUUUGGCUGGGCCCAGAAGGUUGUGAUGAAGAAAAGUGGACCAGUGUGGGAAUGCAGCAAGAAGGAACUGAGACUGUAGCCCCUAGAGGGUCUCUCCUAAGUUUAGAAGACCCUACGAAGGACUGUUUUUCUCGUAGCUUGGUGCCAGGAAGGGGCCUGGAGGUCUCUCCUGGACUGUUUUGCUUGAUGUUGGAAUGAGUGUGGCUCCCCCUCUAUUUAGCAUGAACGAGCCCCAAGCAAGGUGUGCACUGACAGCCACCCCCUCCCCUGCCCAGGUUCUCCCAACCCUGAGUAAGGGACUGGGAACAUUGUAUGUAGAUGGCAUUUCUUUGAUUUCAAUCUGUGAAGAGAGGAAAAAACUCACCUGCUGGCUCCUCACCUGUGCACCUGGGAGAGGACUGAGUGUAUUUAUUUCCCUCCCCAGCAGUUGGGGAGGGGGCUGGGGGGUGGCAAGUAUGUUUUAGCAUGUGUUUGGUUCUGGGGCCCCACCUGUCUCCCUUUGGGCCGAGAUGGAACCCUUUCGGCCCCCUAGCUGGUGGCUGUGAGCUCCAGACUCCCUGACACCUUCCCCUUGCAUCCUGUGUAAUCAUUUCUUGGGCCCUCCUGAAACUUACACAUAAAACAUAAAUGAUGAACAUUAAAUAGCAAAGAAAGAAAAUUAGCGCAAUGAUUUUCUGGAAACGCACAUGGUUUGAGUUGGUGGGGGCUAUACGUGUGGCAGGGACCCAGGUAUAAUUUUCAACUCAGUUCCUAUCCUGUUCCCCUUCCUCCCUUCACACACCCCAAGUGGGAAAGUUUUAACAGAAAUCCAGCAAAUUCACAUGUGUAGCCAUGGAGUUAAUUUAAGUAGGAUGGGGAAGGAGUGGGGGCCCUUUGCCCCCAGAUCUUGGAAAGGGAAAGUGAAAAUGGCCAUGUAGGAAGCUGGCCAGCUGUGAACUUGACCAGAUGUCAGAAGUGAAACUGACCACAGGGGAGCCAGAGGCUUGCUAGGAGGGCCAGGUCACAACCCCACAGCUCCUAGCCACCCACAUGGCCGGGGAGACAGCCCCCCCUACACACACACACACUCUGUCUGGCUCCAGAUGGCUGCCCCAGCCUGGAGUUAGGCAGGCCCCUCCCUUGUGGCUCUCCCAGGCAGGUCCCAAACCCGGUUUCUGCCAGCCUGGAUUUCAGCCCUGCCUGGCUCAUGCCUGGGAGCUCCCAGGGCUGCAUGGUUCCCAGCCCCAGGCCUGUUCUCCACUCGAAGGCUUGGCCCGGAUGCUGGUCAGAGCUGCUCAGGCACUGCUGAGCCCUUGGCCAGGUCCUCUGGUGAGGCUGGCUUGUGUGGUUGUUGGGGAAGGCACAGGAGGCUUAGUCUUCCUGGAAAAAUAUGGCAAACAAGCCUUCCUGAUCUCAGGAUCCUGGGAGAGGCCAGCCAGGCCCUAGCCAAGAGUGAGGGGCAGCUGUCUUCCAUCUCCCAGCCCCAGACUGUGAGGCUUUGAGGAAGGGGGGGUGGCGCUACGGAGAGUGGGAGAAAUGAUCCUGGUACUUGGAUAACACACAGUGGGAUGGGGAGAUAACAUCUGUCUUGAGGGGGCCUCCCAUCUGAUGGGGAGACACAGUCCCAGAUUUGAGGAUACCUCUCAUCUGAGGAGGGAGGCACAAUGGCUGUCCUAAAGGAACCCCAUUCUGAUGGGAGAAACACCUCUGAUUUUUUGGAGGGUGCAGGGGAGCCAGACGCUGCCUGUGGGAAUAAGGGAGACGCAAAUGCCUGUCUUCAGCAAUCUUACAUUCUGCAGAGGAGACAGCAGACGGGCCCUCUAAGGUGUGCGGUGCCAUCCUAGGGCUGAGCAGAAGGGGGGCGUCCCAGUCCAGACCCACCCCUCCAAGGCGUUAGGGAAGGUUCGUUAGAAAAGACAUUGACGCUGAGCCCUUAGGGAUGAGUGGAGUCAACAAGCCAGGGGAGGAGAGUGUUCCUGGCAGAGGAACCAGCUCUGCAAAAGCCCUGAAGAGAGAGAACAGAGCACAUGGGUUUGGGGAAGCGCCUGUGCCUGGAGCCCAGAGAGUGGGCGAGAGGUCAGUGGGGCCAGAUGGAGAAGGGCUUAUAAAGAGACACGCUAAGGUGUCUGCAGUACAUGCUUAGGACACUGGAGCCACUGAGGGGUUUUAAGCAGGGGGGUGCCAUAGAGAUUUCCAGUUUAGAAAGCACUAGUUGUGGCUGCAGUGUGCCAGGUGAGGGUGUGGCAGGAUAGGCUGGGAGGUGGUUAGUGGCCUGAAGGAAAGGAAGGACCACAAGGGUGGUGAAAAGAAGGCAUUCUAAAAAGCUCCUCAGAGCAUGAAGGAUUGAGUGGGUGGGGGUGGGGGUGGGGGUACAGAGGUGACUGACACGGGCCUAGAGCUCUAGGGGGACAGAGAGCUUUAAAAGACAUCAUACUAAAUAUUUGCACAUUCCCACCUCCACCAAAUUGUGCAGAAACCCUCUUUGCCCUUCUCCAAUUCCCCCAUGAGGGCUAAUGAAAAUGCUUCACGGGUUUCCCGUCUUUAAUGAGGGCUGCAUGAGGCCCCUGUCAACUCCUCCAGACUCACUGCCUUGUUCCAGCCACCCUCUUCCUCAUUCUCUGUGCUGCCCCAAACCAGCCAUCUGACAAUUCUUUAAGCUUCAAUGUUCCCUGUAGCCACAAAGCCUUGGCCCGUGCUGCCCCUUCUGUCUGAAACACUCUUUCCCAAGUUACCUCUCAGCUCAGUGCGUCCUUGGGGAAGCCCUCACCAUACUCUGGGCCCAAAUCAGGUUUCUUGAUUCUAGAUUCAGAGAACACCAUGUGCCACUCCUUUUGUUUAGACCACUUAUCUCUCUUUGCAAUUAGGCACCCGUCUGAGUGAUUAUUUGAUUACUGUAAACUCCAGGAAACCAGAGACAGGAUCUGCCUUUGCUCACUUUCUAAUCCUUAGCACUUUGCCUGGCAUAUAGCUAGCGCCCAAUAAAACUUUGUUGACUAAAUGAAUGACGCGCUUUAAAGCAGGACUGUCCAGUAGAAAUAGAAUGCAAGUGAUAUAUGUGAUUUUCAAUUUUUUACUACCCACAUUACAGAAAUCAAAAAGAAAUAGAUGAGAUGAACUUAAUAAUGUAUUGCCUUUAGUGCAGUAUGUCCAAAGUAUUAUUUCAACAUGUAAUCAAUAUUUUAAAAUUGUUAAUGAACUAUGUACCA